AUGGAGACAGCCACCUUACCCGUGACGAUUAUCUGCGGCCUUUUGGCUCUCUAUUUCUACAAGGCGAUCACUGACUAUGCUAAAUUGAGGCAUUUCCAGGGACCAUCAUGGACUGGCCUUUCAAAUUGGCCUCAUAGCAUGGCCAUCCUCGGGGGCAAGUGCCACGAGUGGUAUGCCGAAGUGUGGGCUCAUGUGAAUAACAAGCCUGGCUAUAAGCGCUCCGACUGGUACUACAAUGCUGCGCGAAUUGAGUACCGGCGGGACAACGUCUUCAGCCAGACUGACAACGCGAAACAUGAGCAACGUAGGAAGCAGAUGGCUCCCGGGUACUCGGGAAGAGAGAAUCUGCACCUCGAGAGCUCUGUGGAUGAGCGACUGAGAGAUUUUCUGAACCUCAUUCGGUCCAAAUAUCUUUCAUCUGAUAGCCAUAUCGUACCUAUGGACUUAGCAAAAAAGGUCCAGUAUUUCACGCUUGACGUGAUUAGUACCGUUGGCCUCGGUAAGGGGUUUGGUAUGCUGCAGAAUGACCACGACGUGGACAGCUAUCUUCAAUCAAGCGAAGAAGGACUCGCAAUUGGCAACACCGCUCUGGGUUUGGGUUUCAGCUGGGUUACCCAGGCGCCUGUAAUUGGCAGAUUCAUAGCACCCUCGCCCAAGGACACCAAUGGCUUCGGCAAAAUGAUGGCCGCAUGUUUUCGCAUCGUUGAUGAGCGCUCUGCAAAUUCUGCCGAUGAGCGAUCCGAUAUGUUGGCCUCCUUCAUGCGCCACGGCUUACAAGGUGACGAGCUGCGCACGGAGGCGCUGGAACAGAUAAUCGCAGGAUCCGAUACCACUGCGGGUGGCAUUCGUGGAACUCUUUUACACAUCAUAACAAAUCCUCGUGUCUAUAUCAAAUUGCAGCGAGAGAUCGAUGAUGCCGUGCGCCGGGGCAGUGCGCCGAGAAAGGAUGAAGGUAUUAUUACGGCCGCCCAGGCCAAAGGACUCCCGUAUCUUCAGGCCGUGAUAUCCGAGGGCCUGCGAGUUUGGCCGCCUGUUGCAAACAUCUUCCCACGCGACAUUCCGACCGGUGGUGACACUGUUGUCGUAAAUGGUGAGAGUGUAUAUCUACCCGAGGGCGUCUGCAUUGGGUAUUCAGCCUACGCUAUGCACCACAGCGAGGACAUAUAUGGCAAUGAUGCAAAGGUUUUUCGACCCGAAAGGUGGCUUGAAGCUGAUCCUGCAAAGAUGGCUGAAAUGGUUCGCACCAAUAACCUCAUAUUCGGCCAUGGUAAAUUCCAGUGCUUAGGGAAGCCGGUGGCCCAAAUUGAGCUUGGAAAAAUUGUUUUCGAGCUCUUGCGCAAUUUUGACCUGGCACUCAUAAGCCCAACACGGCCCUGGGUGGCACAGAAUUAUCUUGGGCUGUUUGCAGUCUCAGAUAUGUGGGUUCAAGUGACAAAGCGAAAACCUGGGCCCCUAUGA